AUGUCCAAGCCCGAGGAUCUUCCCCCUAUGGAGUACCGCUUCCUGGGCCGUUCCGGUCUUCAGGUUAGCGCCAUCAGCUUGGGAGGCUGGUUGACCUAUGGAGGUCACAUCGACGCCGAGGGCACUUUCGAGUGCAUGAAGGCCGCCUACGACUCCGGUGUCAACUUUUUCGACACCGCUGAGGUCUACUCUAGCGGCGAGAGUGAGAUUGUCAUGGGUCAGGCCAUCAAAAAGUACGGCUGGAAGCGCAAUGACCUUGUUAUUUCCACCAAGAUCUACUGGGGUGGCGCUUUCGGCGACAACAUCGUCAACAACAAGGGCCUGUCCCGUAAACAUGUCAUCGAGGCCAUGGAUGCCUGCCUUGAGCGUCUUGACCUCAGUUACGUAGAUCUCGUCUACGCUCACCGUCCCGACCGUCAGACCCCUAUGGAGGAAACUGUCCGCGCCUUCAACCACCUUAUCAGCACCGGAAAGGCCCUGUACUGGGGAACCUCCGAAUGGAGCGCCGACGAGAUCGCCCAGGCUUGGCGCUACGCCGACAAGCUGCACCUCAUCGGCCCCGUCAUGGAGCAGCCCUCGUACAGCAUGCUCGACCGCAAGAAGGUUGAGCACGAGUUCUUCCACCUCUACCGCGAGGUCGGCCUCGGCCUGACUGUCUUCUCCCCACUGCGCCAGGGCAUUCUCUCCGGAAAAUACAAGAACGGCAUCCCCGAGAGCUCGCGCUUCGGUUCCGAGAAAAUUGGUUUCAUCAAGGACUACUGGAAGCGUGAGGACGCCAAGAAGCAAUUCCAGGACCUCGUCGACAAGGCCAACAAGAUUGAGCCUAUUGCAGAGAAGCUCGGCGUCAAGAUGGCUACGCUGGCGCUCGCCUGGGUUCUGAAGAACAAGAACGUUAGCUCAGCCAUCAUUGGCGCGAGUAGCCCCGCACAGAUCUACGAAAACGUGCGUGCAAUCAGCGUGCAAGAAAAGCUGACGCCCGAGAUUAUGGCGGAGAUCGACGAGGCCCUCGACAACAAGCCUGACGCCAUUAUCCCCAGAUUCUAA